AUGUUCUCCAAAGCUGCCGUUGCCCUACCUCUGGCUGCUUCCCUCCUCGACCAGGUCAGCGCCUUGAGCUUCCACCGCCACCAGCACGCCGCCGCCGCCAAGCGUGACAACAUCAUCGACAACAUCGUCUAUGAAACCGUCGUUCAAACCGUCUACGUCACCGCUGGCGCCGGCUCGUCUCCUGCGGAGACCGCCGCCAAGGCUUUCAUCCAGGACGUCAAGCCUCCCACGGUCACCGUCGCUGCUUCUGAGGCUCCCGCAGCCGCUCCUGCCGCCCAGACUACUCUGUCCACCGCUGUCAAGCCGGCCGCCACCAGCACCGGCACCGGCAAGCGCCUCGGCUUCUCCAAGCAGGGCCUCGCCUACAACGAUGCCUCUUUGGCCAAUUCUUUCCAGAGCAAAUGCAAGGGCUGUGGCUGGGGUUACAAUUGGGCCUCGAACUCUGCCGGUCUUGACUCCUCCCUCCAGUACAUUCCUAUGCUUUGGGGCGAUCUUCCCGUGCACACCAGCCACUGGGACGCCGAUGCCGAGGCUGCUAUUUCCAACGGCGCCAAGGCUCUCUUAAGCUUCAACGAACCUGACAUGCCAGCCCAAGCCAACAUGGCUCCUGCUGCUGCUGCUGCUGCUCACGCCAAGUACUUCAAGGCCUACAACGGCCGCGUCCAGAUUGGGUCGCCUGCUGUCUCCAACUCAGGCGAGGGCGGCCAGGGACUUGCGUGGCUCCAACAGUUCGUGGACGCCUGUGACGCCAACUCUAACUGCCAUUAUGACUUUUGCGCUGUUCACUGGUACUCCCAGGCCCAGUACGCUGACACCCUCUUCACCCAUCUCGAGAAUGCCAACAAGAUCUGCAAGGGUAAGCCUAUCUGGCUUACCGAGUUUGCCCCCCUUGAUACCAGCGACGACACAAUCUCCUCCUUCCUUAAGUCUACGCUACCCAAGCUUGACUCUCUCGACUACCUCGAUGCCUAUUCGUACUUCAUGGUUAACCAGCCCACACUCAUGAGCUCCAACACAAUUCUGAAUGCGGUUGGCAAUGCCUACGCCGCCAUCGCCGGCUAA